AUGUCGAACUGUUUGUGCGGGAACCGGGUCAACAGUAGGUGCGCUCUGCCGCUGUUCCUUUUGCUACGGACUCGUGUGUGCUUAGUGCUGUUAACGGUGGUCGGUGUGUGCGGCGGAUACGUCGAGCAGAAGUUCGCGAUGGAGCCCCAGGACCAGACUGCUGUCGUCGGAUCUAGGGUCACGCUACCGUGCCGGGUAGAGAACAAGGUCGGUCAGCUUCAGUGGACGAAGGACGACUUCGGCUUAGGCCUGCAUAGAGACCUAAGCGGAUACGACCGAUACAAAAUGAUUGGAAGUGACGAGGAAGGGGAUUAUUCGUUGGAUAUAAGAGAUGUGACAUUAGAAGAUGACGCCAAAUACCAGUGCCAAGUCAGCUCUGGACUUCGAGGGGAGCCUGCAAUUAGGUCUCGCUACGCCCGUCUCACCGUUCUCGUACCACCUGAACCGCCUAAAAUACUGCAGGGGAGUUUCUUCUCUACGGCCGAGGACAGAACGAUCAAACUGGAGUGCGUGUCGAUCGGUGGAAAGCCUGCAGCCGAGAUCACGUGGGUGGACAGUAAUGCCGGCGUGAUAACGCAAGGAGUUACGAACACCGUGGAGCCUUUGUCGGAUGGACAGAGAUUUACUGCGAGGUCCGUUUUGAGAAUGACGCCGAAACAAGAGCAUCAUAAUCAAACCUUCACAUGUCAAGCGCAGAACACGGCGGACAGGGCGUAUAAGGCAGCCAGCAUACAAAUAGAGGUUAAGUACGGGCCCAAAAUAAAAUUGCUCAAGAAAGCCGGCUACAAAGGGAAGAUCCCCGAAGGAGGCGACCUUAUUGUGGAUUGCAGAGCUGAUGCGAACCCUAAUAAUCUUACAUUCAGGUGGUAUCUCGACGGGGACCUAGUCGGGAAUAGUUCGGAGUUGAUCGUGAUGAAUGUAACGAGGAGGUACAAUGGCGCAGUUUUGAAAUGCUUAGUGUACAAUGAAGUGGGGAAAAGCGAGGAGUCUGAGACGUUGGAGAUCACGUACGCCCCGGCGUUUCGAAAUUUCCCGAAAGACGUGGAGGCUGAAAUCGGGAAAGUGGCUACGCUUAGCUGUGACGUCGAUGGCCACCCUAAACCGGAAAUAGAAUGGCUGCACCGUGAGGAGGAUCAAAAUAUACGGGUCGGCAGAACAGCGAACCUGACCCUUACUGUUGACACUCACACUUCCGGCAGAUAUAUUUGUAAGGCAAACGUCGACGGAUAUCCGGAAAUCGAAGCUGAGGCUGCCAUUUACAUAAAAGGACCACCCAAAAUCAUCUCUAAUAAUACGCAAUUUGGGUCACAAGGAGACAGCGUCAAUAUAGAAUGCGCUGCCUUUUCCAUACCAAGGAUAGACAACAUUAUUUGGACUUUCGAGGGGAGUGAAAUCGAUGCAAUGCAUGAUCAGGACUACGCUUUCUUAGAAGAUUUACAACCGGGUGGUGUCGUAAACUCGACACUUAUCAUCAGAGAGAGUCAGUCGAGGCAUUUCGGAACAUAUAAAUGCAACGUCUCCAACGAAUAUGGCAGUGACAUAUUGGAGAUAACACUACGGCCCAAUAAGUCCUUCCCGUUGCUGUUGAUUUUGUUUGGGGUCACAUCCGGCACAAUAAUGGUGGCGGCGCUGAUUAUGCUAGUGAUAUUGUGUCAGAGGAAACAGAGGAAAAACAAACAGGCCCAGAUGACUGAGAAGCCGGACGUAACUGUCACUGCUGAGGAGUUGUUCAAAGAAAACGACAGGAAUUCAAAUAUCAGCGAUCUGAAGCUGGAACUAAGACAGACGAAUGGUAGCGUCGAAGUGGAUUACUCCAACACUGGUUCGGACAGCACUCUGUGUUCGAAUGCGAAAUUAGGGAGCGGCAUACCAUUAGCCGGUACAGUGCCCCUGCCGUCCGUGAACCAGGGCAACACAUACCAGGGCUACAGAUAUAGCAACGACUAUUCGGAUCCUGCGUUCUCGGACUGCUACAAGGUCAAUAACGGAUACCAAACUUACGUGCAUUACGGUCAUGAUUAUACUCCGGGCUCCUUAAGAGUUCAAUCUCCAACACUGAGCAGCGACAAGUUGACACCUAAUCGGUCAAUAAACGGCAGUUUGCCUCGUAGCGGCGACUUGCCCGCCCAAUUCAAUACGGGGAACAGCAGCUCGCAGAAUAAUUCAUUGCAACGCUCGACCAAGCGAAAAGACAGUAGCAGCGCAUUAAAUAAUUUGGGCUUGCCAACUGCCGAAGGUAAUAGAGUGCCGAACGGCGGUAUAUUGCACGGUGUAGACGUCCGUUUCGCCGCAACGUACGGCAAUCCGCACUUACGGACAAACGCCAGCCUCGGUUUUCCUACCGUGAACACAGCCAAGCCGGCAUCCACGCCAGCGCCACCACCAUAUUCAUCCGUCAGGAGUUCUGUUAUCCUCCCGUCAGGCAACUCUUCACACUCGAUAACGUCGCCUACGAGUCUGGCGUCCCCGCAAUGUGCUACGAGCCCCAUAACAAACUCUACGAUGUCUACGGACAGCACUCAGCCAGUGGUCGGGGUAGCCACGUCAUCGACCACGCCGCAAUCGCCGAGCGCCCAUUACAUAUUAGCCCCGUCUAAUCGCACUCUAAGCAACGCAGCGGUUACUAAGAAAGGGAAUGGCAAUCAGCAGCCAUUAGCCACGCACGUG